UAGUGAAUUAUUGCGAACGGUAUUCGUAAAUAUGGAACGGUAAUUAUCAAGUCCAAAGUGAAAAAGUCUUAUAUUUACCGGCCCAUUAAUAUUUGAAUCCCUAGGCCCAUUACUAGUAACGGUCCGAAUUUAAUUUUCCCCCAAAUCCAUUUUCUUCAGCCAGCAAAAAUGGCCGAACCCCACCCACAAACAGCAACUUCGUUGAUGCAUCAAAUUCGCAGCAAACAUCAACUGAAGAAGACGAAGAAUCUUCAUCGAAGUGUACGAGGUUAGGGCCCGAACUUCGAACCUGAUUAUGCAACAAAUUGACGAAUGAAAUUGCUCAGUAAUGGAAAUCUGAGGAGGAGACUACUUUCUCCGGUGCCGCCGUUCCGUCGGCGCCACACCGCCGUUUUCACCCCAAAACCUCAUCCAACUGUUGCUUCACCGCAAAAUAUUUAUCCAAUAACUGAAUAUGAAGAUGACCGAGUGCUCUUCGCCAUUCUUGAAUCAUGCAAGCAGCCCCACCAUUUCAGGACCGCAGUUUCUGUGCACUGUAAAAUCAUCAAACAUGGUUACGAAACGUACUCAUCACUUUUAUCCACGUUGUUAAAAGUGUACACAGCUUGUAAAAAGCCCAAACUUGCUCACCAACUACUCGAUGAUGUAUCCCUUUUCAAUCUCGAUGUGGUCCCCGCCAACUUGUUGAUCGAUAGUUUGAUGAAAGCUGGCGAAAUUGAUAUUGCCAAAAAAGUAUUCUCUGCAUUACCUGCCCGGGAUGUGGUCACUUGGAACUCGAUUAUUGGAGGUUGUGUCAAAAGUGGAUACUUUCUAGAAGCAAUUGGCAUCUUCAAAGAGAUGCUGGGAACAAAAAUUGAACCCGAUGGAUUCACAUUUGCUUCUGUAAUAACAGCAUGCUCGAGGCUUGGAGCUCUCAAUCAUGGAAAGUUCGUGCACGAUUUAAUGAUAGAGAAGAAAAUCGAACUGAAUUUCAUAUUGUCUUCUGCCUUAGUAGACAUGUAUUCAAGAUGCGGAAGAAUUGAAACAGCAAAAUCGGUAUUUAAUGCUGCUAAAAAGCACGAUAUUUCAAUAUGGAACGCAAUGAUAAAUGGGCUAGCAAUGCAUGGUCUUGCAGUCGAUGCAAUUUCGAUUUUCUCAACUAUGCAAAGAGAAAAUAUUUCACCUGAUGCCGUGACUUUCAUCGGGAUCAUUACAGCGUGCAGCCACUGUGGUUUUGUAGAAAAGGGCCGAGAGUAUUUUAAUCUUAUGAAAAACAAUUAUUUAGUUCAGCCCCAACUCCCGCAUUACGGAGCAAUGGUUGACCUAUUCGCAAGAGCUGGGCUUCUAGAAGAAGCUUAUGCGGUGGUUAAGGAAAUGCCGAUGGAACCCGAUGUUGUUAUAUGGAGGACACUUCUCAGUGCUUGUAAAACUCACCGGAAUUCCCAGCUGGGUGAAUUCGUUAUUGAUAAAAUAAAGAAUCUUGGUAGUGGCGAUUAUGUGUUGAUGUCGAAUAUAUACUGCAAUAUUAAUAAAUGGGGUAAUGCAGAAACUCUGAGGCACACUAUGAACAAGAAGGGGGUUCGUAAGAGCAUAGGCAAGAGUUGGGUUGAAUUGCAUGGUGGGGUCCACCACUUCAAGGCGGGCGACAGAUCACACCCUGAAACCGAAGCUAUUUACGGAUUAUUAGAAAAUUUGAUCCGACGAUCGAGAAUGGACGGUUAUGCCCCUGCCCCAGAGUUGGUUUUGAUGGAUAUAUCCGAGGAAGAGAAGGAGGAGAAUUUGAAUUAUCACAGCGAAAAGUUGGCGUUGGCUUUCGGGAUACUUAAAUCUAGCCCCGGGACCGAAAUUGCGAUUUCGAAAAACUUGCGCACUUGUCUCGAUUGCCACGGUUGGAUUAAGAUUGUGUCGAGGUUAUUACAUAGAGUGAUUACGGUGAGGGAUAGGAUUCGGUUUCAUAGGUUUGAGAAGGGCUCGUGUUCUUGUGGAGACUAUUGGUAAAUAACUAAAUAUUGGUAAUAAAGAUUCAGUUUUUACGGUACGAAACGAAGUCGAAUUUACAUAGCCCUCCACCGUAAAUGAGUACAGCCAUUUUGUACGGGAACAAGCUGGAGUUUACCUCCGUAGAUAUCUGGAAGCUGGCUUUCGUCUAUGUCCUCGAGAAGAGUUUCGCGCAGUCUUUUGUUCUCCACAAAUACGAUCUUCGUACAGGUAAUAAUUA